CGUGACGUAGGUAGUCGAGCCACAAAAACAAACCUGAACAGUUUGUUGUUGUUUUUGUCGUCGUCGCUGUCGUUGUCUCCAUUCGUCCGGGGUUUCAAGUUUUCCUUUUUUUCGGACUUGCGUCUUAAUGCUCGUCCCGUCCGGACUGCAGUUCAGCUGAAGCGGGUCAGGGGACUUUAGCAGGAUGUCUCAGCAGAGAGGAGUCAACAGCCUGCAGUUCAACCAGGACCAGAGCUGCUUCUGCUGCUCCAUGGAGACAGGGGUCCGGAUCUACAACGUGGAGCCACUGAUGGAGAAAGGCCAUCUGGACCAUGAGCAGGUGGGCAGUGUAGCGCUCUGCUCCAUGUUGCAUCGCUCCAACCUGCUCGCCGUCGUUGGAGGCGGAGUCAACCCUAAAUUCUCAGAAAUAUCAGUUCUGGUCUGGGAUGAUGCUAGAGAGUCCCGAGACCCCAAAGACAAGCUGGUUCUGGAAUUUACCUUCACCAAAUCCGUCCUGGCGGUGCGCAUGAGGCAUGACAAGAUCAUCGUUGUCCUGAAGAACAGGAUCUAUGUGUACAGUUUUCCAGACAACCCCAUUAAACUGUUUGAAUUUGACACCAGAGAUAACCCUAAAGGUCUGUGUGAUCUGUGUCCCAGUCUGGAGAAACAGCUCCUGGUCUUUCCAGGUCAUAAAUGUGGCAGCCUGCAGCUGGUUGACCUGUCGAACACCAAGCCCGGCACGUCGUCUGCCCCGUUCACCAUCAAUGCUCACCAGAGCGAGAUUGCCUGCGUGGCGCUGAACCAAGCCGGCAGUGUUGCAGCGUCAGCAUCCCGCAAAGGAACCCUCAUCCGGCUGUUCGACACCACAACCAGAGACAAACUGGUGGAGCUGCGCCGAGGGACUGACCCAGCAACCCUUUACUGCAUCAACUUCAGCCACGACUCGUCCUUCCUGUGUGCAUCCAGCGACAAAGGCACCGUCCACAUCUUUGCUCUGAAAGAUACUAAACUGAACCGCCGCUCAGCGCUGGCGCGUGUGGGGAAGGUGGGGCCUGUCAUUGGUCAGUACGUUGACAGUCAGUGGUCUCUGGCCAGCUUCACGGUUCCCGCCGAGUGUGCCUGCAUCUGCGCUUUUGGAAAGAACACGUCCAAGAAUGUCAACUCAGUCAUUGCAUCCUUUGCCGGACACCGGAACCUGCAGGUGGCCGUGGGUGGCUUGUAGCUUGCAUUACGGAGCACAAGUCUUUCCCCGACCCUGCACCCCAACCUGGGACUUGCUGAUUGGGCCGGAGCUUCGGGAGCUGCGUGCUGGCCUGCGGUCCCCACCCCUGGUCAUCCCGUUGCUGCCCCCCCCUUCUCCUCCCUUUUCUCUCUUUUGUCCUGCAGGUGGCCAUGGGUGGCUUGUAGCUUGCAUUACGGAGCACAAGUCUUUUCCUGACCCUGCACCCCAACCUGGGACUUGCUGAUUGGGCCGGAGCUUCGGGAGCUGUGUGCCGGCCUGCGGUCCCCACCCCCGGUCAUCCCGUUGCUGCUUCCACCUGCCUGCUGUGCUGCUGCCGUUCCUGACCCACCAGUCUGGCCCCUCGGCAGGAGGGUCCCCCCUGAUGAGCCUGGUCCUGCUCAAGGUUUCUUCCCUCCUAAAGGGGAGUUUUUCCUUGCCACUGUUUGGCUUAAGGUUUUUCUCCCACUAGGGGAGUUUUUACCUGCCAUUGUUUAUGUAAUAACUGCUCGGGGGUCAUGUUCUGGGUAUGGGUCUCUGUAAAGCGUCUAGAGACAACUCUGUUGUAUUAGACGCUAUAUAAAUAAAAUUGAAUUGAAUUGAAUUAAACAGCCAGAGUCAAAAGCCACCUGUUUCCCCUGGAACCACUCACCUGACUCAAGAACAUACAUGUCACAAACAUCAACACAAGUAUCAGCAAUGGAUAAAAAACAACCACACAAUCACAAUACAUUAUACGUACAUAUAUAUAUAUAUAUAUAUAUAUAUAUAUAUAUAUAUAUAUAUAUAUACAUAUAUAUAUAUAUGGUGUGGUUUGU